AUGAUUAUUGAAGCUAAAAGACCCGAGGAUCUUUUGGUAAUUUGUCGAAUUUGCGAGAAAAUAGUACUAUAAUCUCAUAGUUUCUUAGUUAGAUGCUCAUUUAAUUACAAAUCAUCUUAUAUAUUGUUAAUAAAUGCAUGAAACAAAGAUGUAAUUACAAGAAUUAACCUAAUAAAUACACAAAUUAGGAGAAUUGGCUUAAAAUCGAUUUCGUACAUUUAAUACUAAAUAUUAAAUCCAUAAGGCCAAACAAAUUAGAUAAAUACAUUUUGAAAAUGGAAAAAGGCAAUCAAGUUCACUUAAUCAGCUAUAAUCUGAUGGUUCUAUGAGUGAAGACACAGGAUCAAAAACAAAUAAGACUUUACAUUAGAAUACAGGAAAAUCUCAUUUUGCACUUAUUGGAGCAUAAGAUAAAGUUAAAAAACAUCCUGAAUCUGAUUAAAUUAUGGAAUUGUAAAAUUAACAUUAAUCAGAUUAAAUAAACUUAUUUUCAAUAGAAAAUGAUCUUAAUCAAAAUAAAAUUAAAGAGAAAAAGAGAAUUGAAACACGUUUCAUUCAUUCUCCCUAAUAAGAACGCUUAUAAGGAAGCUCUCCAAGUUCUAAUGGUUUUGGGAGUCCAUUUUCACUAGAGUAAAAAAUUAUUAAAAGAUUAUAUUAGUGAUAAUAUUGACAUUUUGAAAGAUUUAAGAUAAUAAAUAAAUUGUCUUACCAUAAUUAUCAAAUAUACUGAAGAAAUGAUUAAAAUUAAUAGUACAUCAUAAUCUAUAUAAUUUGAUCUUAAAACUUAAGUUAAUUUAUAAAAUAUUAACUAUCCUUUAGACAAAGAACUGUAAGAUAUUGUUAGAUAAUCAUUAAAAUUAAUUGAAGUAAAUAUAUUUUCAAAUUAUUGAAAAGGAAAGAGUUCAAUAUACAUAAAAAAUAUCUAGAUUACAAAAAUUGAUUUCAGAUGAGGAUAAAUAAGAUAAUGUAAAUUCUCCAUUAAGUUAUAAAUAAAAUUCAGAUAGUAUGAACAUUAGAUCUCCAAAAAGAAAUUCUAUAUUACAAAAUUGUGAGAAAUUCAAUUGGUUAAACAAAUAAAAUGUAAUAUAGAAAUUAAAUAUUUAUAAAGAAUAAUAGUAGAAGAGAAAGUUCAUUAUAAAAAGGAUUGAGUGAUUUUGGUGAUGAAGAGAGUGAUUGUUAAUCAGAUUAAAGUUAAGAAAUUCUAAGAUUGAAUAUGAAAACAUAGGAUGAAUUAUUGGAAUAAGAGAAUUCAUCAUAAAAAUCAAAAAAUAAUAUAAUGUCAUUUAAAGCAUUAAAUAUUGAUUCUAAAAUUUAAGAGUAAGAAUUUGAGAAUGCUGAAGAAAAAGAUAAAGGAUUUUAUAGUGAUGGAGAUAUCAAAAUAAUGAAAAUAGUUAAAAAUAAAUAAUUGUAAUAUAUAAUAUAGAGUAAUUUUAGAUUAAAUGUAACUUUGUAAGACUUUGAAUUUAUAUAAGUAUUGGGAAUAGGUGGUUUUGGAGCAGUUUGGUUGGUUAGUAAGAAAAAAACAAAAGAUUAUUAUGCAAUGAAAGUGAUAGAUUGUCGUAAUAAAAAUAUGAGUGAGAUAUAGAAUUUGAGAGCUGAGAAAAAUGUUUUUGAAAUUUUAGAGGGUGAUUUUGUAGUAAAAGCUUAUUAUUCAUUUAUUUAAGAUUAGUGUUUAUUAUUUUUAUUAGAAUAUAUGAUGGGUGGUGAUUUUAGUUAAGUUUUAUUUUAAUAUGGUAGAUUAUAGGAGUAAUGUGCAAGAUUUUAUUUAGCAGAAUUACUAUUAGCUAUAGAGUCAUUGCAUAAAAAAGGUAUCAUUCAUAGAGAUCUUAAACCAUAAAAUAUUUUAUUAGAUUCUUAAGGUCAUAUAAAGUUAGCUGAUUUUGGAUUAUCAGAAAUAGCAUUAGUUUAGAAAAUAAAAGAUGGAAAAGAUGGAAUUAAUUUAUAAAUAGAUCCAGAUGCAUUACCUUAGAAUGUGUCAAAAAGAUUAAUAAAAAUAAAAUGUAAUUUAGAAUUUCAUAUGUAAAAUAAUUCAAUCAAAAACAGUAUAUAAGAAAAAACAUCUUCUGGAAAGAGAUAAAAUAGAAUAAUAGGAACUCCAGAUUAUAUACCACCUGAAGUGAUAAGAGGAUAAUCAAUUUCAAAUUUUUCAAUAGAUUGGUGGGCAUUUGGUGUUAUAAUGUAUGAAUUUUUAAUUGGGAUACCUCCAUUUAAUGAUACAAGUAUUCCAAAAGUAUUUGAAAAUAUAACAAUGAGAAAUAUAGAAUGGCCAGAUAUUGGAGAUGGUGAUGAUAUGAUAUCCAAUAACGCAUAAAAUUUAAUUAAUAGAUUAUUAGAACCUAAUUAUCAUAUCAGAUUAGGACAUUGUGGAAUUGAUGAAAUAAAAUAACAUCCAUUUUUUGAAGGAAUUGAUUGGGUAAAUAUAAGAAAUUUAGAAGCACCUAUGAUACCUAUCAGAGAUUUAGAACAUUUAGAAGAUGAAUAAUGUAAUAUAUUAUAAAAACAGAAUGAAGAAAACAAAAUGAAAGAUAGAUUAUAAUCAGUUUAGAAAUCACAUGAUGGAAGAUUAGAUGAAAUCGCUAAUCUUACUAGAUUUGAUCUUUUAGCUAAAUUGAGUGAAUAGGAUGCCAAAAAUGUAAUUGAAAAAAGUUCAAAUAAACAAACUAAUGAUUGA